AUCAUCAUGAGUUAUUUUUUCAGAGUUGAGCUGCCCGAGUACAUCCUGGACAUGGGCACUGUUGUUCAGGGUUACAGUAAAAGCUGCACUGUGAAGAUCACCAACACCUGGAGGUACCCAGUGGCCGUCCAGGCCAAUGAACGUGCCCUGUGUGACACAGGUUUCAGCAUAUACCUGGAGCCCGUGGAGUUCCUGAUCUACGGCACCAGCAAACGGUUUCAAGUGAACUUUGCAAGUGCCAACCUGCCCGUGGGAAAGGUGGAUGUGCUCCUGCCCAUCAAGGUAGAGAAAGGCCCCACACUGCACAUCCGCCUCCGUGCCACUGUGAUUCAGCUGCUGCUCAGCCUCUCCAGGAACAGACUCCAGUUCCCCGAUGUCCAGGUUGGGCAGUGCUGGUGUGAAACAGUCCGGCUUUACAACUGGUUCAGCGCGCCCUGUGAAUGGUUCCUCACUGUCAACAAACCUGCCAAGAAGGUGGACAAACGUUUGACACCGGCCGUGCGUCAGAAGGAGCUCCAGGCUGCGAAGGAUGAUUCCCGUGUCUUUCAGUGGAAGGCCCGGGAGGGAACCCUCUAUGGUAGAGAGUGGUGUGACCUGCAGAUCCAGUUUUCCCCCCUGGAAGAGAAGUCCUACAAAACCGAGCUGAAGAUCAGCGUUCGUGGGAACAGCCAGCUCCUCGUGCUGCACAUCUCAGGACAGGGUCUGGAGCCACGGCUGGAGUUCAGCCCCACGGAGAUCAAGCUGGGAGCGGUGCUUCCGUGCGGCCCUGAGCUGGAGAGGACAGUGGUGGUGAAGAACCCCUGCGAGUUCCCCAUUGAAUUUUACUCCCUGGAGUUUGACGAGGAGUACCGUGAGGAGGAGAAGAUCCUGCGGACGCUGGAGGAGUUUGGAGACCGGACGGCCGUGGUGAUGCCUCCACGCGCUGUGGGUGAGAAGCUGCCCCCAGAGGUGCUGGAAUAUUAUGAAAAAUGGAAGAAGAUGGAGGCUCUGGGUCAAGAGAUGUUCAAGCGCAAGGAAGAAUCAGGCGAGGACAAUGCAGCACUUCAAGAGAGCAUCAGGUUGUUGAAGGACAUGGUGGACGAGUGUGACAGGCCCAUCCGUCAGGCCGUCAGGCGCUACCUCGACACCAAUCCCGUUGGAGAAGAGCUCAAAGCCCAAAUGCCCAGAGGGAUUGCCAUCAUCGUCUAUGGGACCCCCCGGACAGGAAAGACAAGGGCGGCGGCCGCCCUGUCCAAGUAUUACAGUGCCGCCUGCUUGUCCCUGGCCGAGGGGGUGACAGAAGCCAUGUCGGACGAGCGCAGCUCGGCGGGGCGCCGUGCCCGGGAGCUGUGCGUCGAGGCUGCCCGUCAGCAAAGAGCCAGGAGGGAACAGAUGCCGG